CGGCUCGCCUCCUGACGCGCUCCUGCUCCCUGCGCGUGUUUUCCGUGGGGAAGAGUUCAGUUAAUAAGCAGACCUGUAUGGAGCAAUAGAAGCAGGAGGGAGGAGGAGGAGAGAGGGAGCCUCCUCCGAGUCAUGUAAGGGGAAAUAUCCGCGCUCCUCGCUGCUCGCCUCCAGUCUCUUUACGCGCAGCGCACGGAGCGAUGGAAGCGGUGCGCGCGGAGCGCAGCUCUCUCCCCCUGCUCCUCCUCAUCCUCAUCCUCGGAUUCUCAGUGUCCCCCUCAGCGGCGACCUGGGACCUGGUGCUCCUGCACACCAACGACGUGCACGCGCGGGUGGAGGAGACCAGCGUGCACUCCGGGAAGUGCGGCGGCGGCGGUUGUUACGCCGGCGUGGCGCGCAGAGCCACGAUGAUCCGGAAGAUCCGCGCCUCCGGGGGCAACGUGCUGCUGCUGGACGCCGGGGACCAGUUCCAGGGAACCGUGUGGUUCAACUACUACAAGGGAGCCGAGGCGGCGCACUUCAUGAACGAGCUGCGCUACGACGCCAUGGUUUUUGGGAACCACGAGUUUGACAACGGCGUGGAGGGACUGAUGAAGCCGUUCAUGGAGAACAUUCGGUGUCCUGUUCUCAGCGCCAACAUCAGAGCCGGACCGUCGCUGGCCUCCACGUUUGGAAACUCGUUCUUACCGUACAAGAUCUUCACCGUCGGCGAUCAGAGGGUGGGAGUGGUGGGGUACACCUCCCGGGAGACCCCCGCCCUGUCCAAGCCAGGACCAGACGUGGAGUUCCAGGACGAGGUGAGCGCCCUCCAGCCGCAGGUGGACAAGCUGCUGACGCUGGGCGUCAACAAGAUCGUGGCGCUGGGCCACUCCGGCUUCACCGUCGACCAGGAGAUCGCCAGGAGAGUGCGGGGAGUCGACGUGGUGAUCGGCGGACACACCAACACUUUCCUCUACACGGGAACCCCUCCUUCCACUGAAGUCCCGGCCGGUCCGUAUCCCUUCAUGGUGAGAUCAGACGAUGGGCGGGAGGUUCCCGUCGUGCAGGCCUACGCCUUCGGAAAGUAUCUGGGUCAACUCAAGGUGACCUUUGACGAUGCCGGAAACGUGGUGAAGGCGACCGGGAACCCCAUCCUGUUGGACAGCAGCGUCUCGCAGGAUCCAGAUGUUCUUGCGGAUGUGGAGGAAUGGAAAAAGAAUCUGGCUAACUUCUCCGCCCAGGUGGUGGGAUCGACCCUUGUUUUUCUCAACGGUACAACCGGGGAGUGCCGGUUUCGAGAGUGCAACCUUGGAAACCUGAUCUGUGAUGCCAUGAUUGACAACAACAUCAAGUUCUCGGACGGCCUCCAGUGGAACCACGUCACUGCCUGCAUCGCCAACGGAGGCGGCGUCCGGACAUCCAUCGACGAACGCACAAGAAACGGUUCAGUCACGAUGGAGGACUUGAUCUCUGUCCUGCCCUUCGGAGGAACCUUUGACCUCGUGCAGCUGAAAGGUUCGACGUUGAGGAGUGCUUUCGAACACUCGGUGCACCGAUACGGCCAGAGCACGGGGGAGUUCCUCCAAGUUUCAGGAUUUCAGGUCGAGUUCGAUCUCUCCAAACCCGCGGGGAGCCGAGUCAAGAGCCUCAACAUCCUCUGCUCAAAGUGCCGCGUUCCUCGCUACGAACCGGUCGAGGACGACUCGGUUUACAAGGUGGUGCUGCCGUCCUACCUGGUGACCGGUGGAGACGGGUUCUCCAUGAUCCCGAAGGAGAUGCUCAAACACAACAGCGGGGAUUUAGACAUUUCAGUUGUAGCAGAAUACAUCAAACAAAGACGGACGGUUUAUCCUGCUGUCGAAGGACGUAUCAGGAUCUACAACUCAGCGUCUGGACUUCGGGGGGAAACCUCUCCACUGGUUUUACUGGUCUUAGUGGGACUGCUCUACACUCUGUAUGGAGGGCUCUAACGAUAUCCCAAAGCACUCGGGAAGACUCUGUUUUUAUAAACCGCAUGUGAAGAAUCGACAGAUCGGCUGGAUGUAAUCCCGAAGGACCGAAGACCUCGUUUUAAUGAAGUCUGCUUGGAACGUUUUUUUAGGAGACGUUUCAGAGACGCUCUUUGUCUUUAAGCCUCACAUGAAUCAGGUUUCAACAGAACUGCAACACGUAUAAAUGUGAAUGUUGCAGUUUUUUUUAAUGACCACUACAGAGUGAAUUUAUGGAAAUAAAUAUUUUGUUUUGAGAUAAAACUAAAUAAAUACACUUGUGAAGAAACU